AUGUACUUAGACGAGCAACUGAAAACUUUCAAUGCACUUUUAUCAAAUAUUCGAGACUUAUCUGAAACUUGCAAAAGACCAUUUUCACUUUUUCAAAGCACAGAAUCUCCAAGAUUACAUAUAUUAACUUCCACCACUAAUAGAGGAAAGAUUAUUACUCUUUAUAAUCUGAAAGAAAGAUUAGCAAAUAAAAUUAUUAGAGACUUGCCUUUAUGAGAGUCUAUAGAUAGUGUUAAAAACUCUUAUUUAAAUGCAAUACCUUUGCAAAAUGAUAAAGAAAUAUGUUCAAGCCUCAAAGAAAAAUUAAAACCAACUGACCAAGAAAUUCUCUAUAAAAUAAUUUUAAUGUCAAGAGAAACAAGCUUAAUUAAUAUAGCUGCAUCAAACGCUGUAAGUUUUUUAAAUCAAUCUGGAUUUCAAUUCAUAGGCAAAAAUAUGAAAGAUGUUAAAAUUCCUCAUGCUAAUUUAUCAGGAUCCUUAUUUAUUAACACAGAUAUCCAGAAUAGUGAUUUAUUUGGUGCAGAUUUAUCACAUUCAUCAUUAAAUUUUACUAAUUUUGAAGGCUGCAAUAUGGAAAAUUUGGAUUUUAAAGAAGCUCAGACAAUUCGCUCUGAUAAAACCACGUUUAAUUCUUUAGCACUUUCCCCAUGUGGAAAAUGGUUAGCAACAGGUGGCAGCAAUCAGAAAAUAGAGUUGUGAGAUUUCAAUCUCCGUUGCAAAGUAAAAGAAUUCUCAUAUCAGGAGCUUAAUAUAUAUUUUUUUUUAUGAUAAACAGCCCACUAACUCUCUGCGAGUGAACAAAAUUAUUGGAAAAAUCCUAAUUUUUGCAAAAAAGCACCCUCCAUAAGCGAAAAAAAAAUUAUGAAGAAAAAUUUUAAUAUAGAAGUGAUAUACUAAUUGACCAAGAAUAGCCCACUAAGGAGCCAUUCUUGGUCUGCCAGAAAAAAUUUUGACAAAAGAUCCUAAUCUGCCAUUACCACUGAGUUUUGGUGUUUCCAAAUUUUUUGGGCAAGCCAAAUGCAAUAAAACAAAUUGUUCUUUUGCGAUGAUGCAUUUGGCUUGUCAAAAAAAAUUUGGCAACAUCAAAACUCAGUGGUAAUGGCAGAAAAGAUCCUAAUCCGCCAUUACCACUGAGUUUUGGUGUUUCCAAAUUUUUUUGACAAGCCAAAUGCAUCAUCGCAAAAGAACAAUUUUUUUUAUUGCAUUUGGCUUGCCCAAAAAAAAUUUGGAAACACCAAAACUUAGUGGUAAUGGCAGAUUAGGAUCUUUUGUCAAAAUUUUUUCUGGCAGACCAAGAAUGGCUCCAUAGUGGGCUAUUCUUGGUCAAUUAGUAUACUAACUCCCCCCCGUGAGUGAACAAAACAUUGGAAAAAUCUCUAUUUUUUGCUCAAAAACCCACAUCCAUGAUGAACAAAAAUAUUUUUAAUAGAAAAAAUUUUUUUAUAAAACAAAAUUGAUAUAUAAGUGAUAAUUAGUAUAAUGAAAUCUCGAGCUAAUUCUGUUUAUUUUUAAACAAAUUGCGUUUUAAAAACAUAAAUUUUAUAAAUUAAAUUAAUAUUUGCUUCUAUAAAUUUAUAUAUAAAUUUUUUUUAAAAAAAUAUUAACACCCUUCCGUGAGUGAACAUAAUUUUUUUUUACUCACGGAGGGGAGAGUAAGUAUAAACAGCUUGCAUUUUAAAAAAAUAAAAUUUAAAAAUUAAUUAAGGAGUAUUUUUGGUUAGAAAAAACUAAGAUAAUGAUUAAGGCUAGAUGGGUUUUAUCUCUAAUUUUGCAAGCGAUGCUCAGUACUGCCUUAAACUGUUUAUUAGCCAAAAAAAAAAUCGGUGGCUUUCACCUUUGAUAUUUCUGAGCCCUGGCCGAACCCUUGAAUUCUUGGUAAUGGUAUUGCGCUACUGAUCGACGAACUUUAUCGGGCAUCAAAAUUUUCAGCCCAGCCUUCGCUCUAAUAAAACGCUCCACCUCCGCCUGAUACCAAGGUUAGAUCGCUUCUUUGAGCGAAUCUUUUUCAGUUUGUGGCUUGAAAAAAAAUAGCAACUUAUGUGAUUCGAGGUAGCCGCAUGAGCAGUAAGAGACCUUUCCCCAUUUCAGGCAUUUACUGACGUAAACUGAUGGAUAAAGAAGCCAAAAGCAGCUACCCAAUCGAUUGUCUCAAAACAGCGGCUCUGUGCUUAGACUCCUUGCUUCGAGGCCCCUAACAUUUUUGCCAAUCUAUGGCUCAAAAAACAAUUCCGGAUGCAGUAACUGCUACUGGGGAACAUAUCACAUAUCAUCCUCUGUAUAUGGCUAGCCAAAUAACUUGGUAUUCCAGCUGCUGCCUUGCAACUAGAAAAUGUUUCUUUAAUGGACUGUCCACCGUAAACUAGUAUAAUUUCAAUUACUUUUUUAAACUCUCAAAAAAUCUUUACAACUUUAGGUAAGAGUAGCUGGCAAGUGAGUAUGCUUGAUGUUGUAGAUCUAGAAACUGAAGAAUUUCAUACGAUUUAUAGCAACUUGGAAUAUGAAAGGUUUUAUUUUACAAUUUCUAUUUGUAAAAAUAAUUUUGCUAUUUGGGAAGAUAAUUCUAUUGAAGUAUGAAAGACAAAUCCUAUGAUGAAAAUAUAUAAAGUUGCUGAUCUAUUAUAUACUAUAUCUAAUCUAAUGUUUUCUCCUUGUGGCGAAUAUAUUGCUUAUAUGUGCAGUGAUGGUUUUAUUAGGAUAAAACACGUUUAUUCUGAAAAAGAUGUUUGUAUUUGCCCAGUAGGUCCUGAUGAUACUAGAAAAUAUGGUUAUAGCACUAUAUAUUUACAUGCAGCAGCAUUUUGCCCAAUCGGAAAAUACUUAAUUGCUUCAGCUAGUAAUAAAGGAGAAGUAGAAUUAAGAAAAAUAAAUUUGGAGAAGAAAGAAGUUAAAACCACGCUGCUUGCAAAGUAUAAUGAAGAUUCUAUAAAUGAGCUAAUUUAAGACUCUUUCCCAAGAACUGCCCAGUUAGAGCUUUAAGCUAUUUUUCUCUGAAAAUUCAAGGAAAAGAUCUAUAUACAAAUACAGGAAAAUUCCUCAUUUUACUAUCAGAAGCAUGCAAUAUUUCUGUAUGGGAUCCAUGAAAAACAUCCUUAGUAUGGCAAAAUUCACUGAAAAAUCGAUUCGAUAAAUAUUUCUGUUUAAAUGUAAAUGAUGCAUAUCUAGCAUGCAUUUGCAGAAAAACGUCUAUAUUUAUGUGAAAAAUUGAUUGAUUUCAAAGGAAAGUAAAUUUUGAUGGGCACAAAGAAAGCGUUAACAAAGUAGUAGUAUCUAAAUGUGGAAGUUAUAUUGCAUCAGGAGGAAAUGAUAAAAUAAUAAAAUUAUGAGAUGCAUCAAAUAUGAAAUUAAUAAAAGAUUUUAUAGGCCAUAAGAAAAGAAUUGAAUCCCUAGCUUUUUCUUAUUGUGGCAGAUAUCUUGCAUCUGCAAGUGAAUCAGUUAAAAUAUGGAGCAUCGAUAAUCUGACAGAAUUAUCGACAAUUAUGGAAGGCAAUGUUACUUAUUCAUUAUCAUUUCUACCAAAUAAUUCAUUAUUGGCUGGCUGGAAUAAGAAUUCGAUAACGAUUUAUGAUUUAGGAAGCAAAAAGCAUAAAAUUAAUUUAGAAGGCUCUCAAGGAAUCAUAAAAUCGAUAUCGGUUUCACAGCAAGGGAAUUAUAUUGCCGUAGGAAAAUCUAACGGUGGUGUCGAUAUUUGGUUUCAAGAGAACUAUCAAUGAAAAAAUAGAUUGAUUAACAGCAAUCAAAGCUGCGUUUAUUCAGUUUCUUUUUCUUAUUGCGAAAUGUAUUUGGUCGUUAGUGGAUCAAAUAAAACUGUGGUAAUAUGAUCUAUUGAAAAUCUAGAUGUACCUCUAAAAACGCUUAUAGGGCAUAAUCAUUAUGUUUUUUCUGUAGAGUUUUCACCUUUUGGAGAUAUUAUUGCUUCUUGUAGUGCGGACGGGAAAAUUAUUUCGUGGAAUUUUGAAACUGGUAUGGAAAUUAAGGAAUUUAAAGGCCAUAAAGGCAUGGUUACUUCAAUUUGUUUUUCAAAAUGCGGAAAUUUCUUGUACUCAAGCAGCGAAGAUAAAACUAUAAAAAAAUGAAAUCUUCAGCCUUAUUUAAUACAAGGUGUGAAAACUGAAGAAAUGGCUGAUUUGAUAUGGACUUCAAUAAAUGGUGAAUUAGAAAUUCAAGACUGCAAGGGCUUAAAUACUCCUUAA